GAUAAAUAAAAAUAAUUCAAAAUUUUGUAAAUAAAACCUUUAAAUCAUCAUAAAUAUUUUGUAUUCCCCAUCAAACAAUUGAAAUGAAAUAAAGAUUUGUAACACUGUGUCAAAGAACAUGCAUCCAUAUGUCAAAGCGUAUUAAAUGUACGAACCGGAGGUUGAAUUGCCUACGGGGUUGGUUUUUUAUGCUCAUUCAAUUUCAACAAGAAAGGCCACAGUUACAACCUAUACACUCAAGCAGAAAAGAAACAAGAGUGUGGAGUGCCGUGAAGUGCGUUCGAUUAGGAUUCCCGUCUUUUUUCUGUUAUUCGUGACCAUUUGAUUGCACGAAUUCGAUGCCCAUUGUCUUCAACAUGGCUUAAAUUCGGCAACAAAUCGCGUUCAGCAUAGAAGUUUCCUCACUUCCGUACGCUUUAGACCGUUCCGGUCACGUACGGGUUGCACGGUUGCUGUGAAGUGAGGAGAAGUGAGAGGGUUUGCCAAGGUUGAACGGCGGUGGAAAGAGAGAUCUUUUUUUUCUUGUUCUCCACUACAAAACGGUACCCACAGUGUGUGCAGAGUAAGUGUGUUUUUGGGAAAUGGGUGAAGCGGUGAAAGGGGGAAGGAGUGCUGCUGGAAAAAAAGGCAACGGGAAAACGGAACGCAACAAAAUCGGCAUCAUUAAAACAUAAAAUAAAAUAAGAAGAUCGGAAAGCGAACACUUCCAGCUUCUUUGCUGCAAAACAAAAUGUUUCUCGAACAGGAGAGAUUCUGUCUCGGAGAAGCUGUUCUGUUUUUUUCGCUUGCUAGAGUUCACAUACGGUGUGAUGAUGGGGUGUGUGGGUUAAAAGGGAAGCGCUAAAGGUAACCCAGGGACAUGGAAUACACACCACCGAUAUCAAAGCGAACGGGCAAACUGUAUGCACUGUUUCCCAUCGAGUGGGCGCAAAGCAGUUGAUGAAAAACGUAGUAUGCGGUGGGCACUGGCGCAGGAUCCUGCCUCCGUUGUGUGGUUCUUCCUUGACAACAAGCCCCGGAGCUGCUGCAGGGCAAGUGAAGUGCAACGUUUUAUGUUUUUUUUCAUUUUUCACCAUGAAGAAGCAAAUGAAGAUUCCAAGUUGUUGAACUUUUUCGCUACCGGAAGUUUUCUAUGCGUAUAUGUGUGUGCGCGAGUGAUUGUGUGCGCACGCGAGCAGGUGUUUGUGUGUGUGUGUGCGCCGCACCGUUUGUGUGCAAAGUAUAUCGUCUCAGCAUACAAAAAAGCAUAGCGGCUGUGUUUGUUUGUGUGUGUGCUGCGUAUUUGUUGGUAUGUGGAAUGUGAGCCUGAAAAACCCCCACAGCAUCACAAACAACAGCAGCAGCAGCAGCAGCAAGUUCAGUGUGUGUGAUUGGUGGUAGUAGUAUGGUGGGGUUAUUUUUCGAUAUCUGCCGAAUGUGAGCAGAAAGCAAGUGGAAGCAAAAUAUGGUGGAAGAGUGCGUUCACACCGCGCUCUAGGUGGGGUGGGAAAAUUUAAUCCGAGAAGAAAACCAAAGUGCGCGAAAAAAAAGUGUUUUGUAAAGAAGAAAAAGUGUGUACGAGCAAUGUGUGUGGUGUGUUCACGUCUGCGACUAUGCUUGUAUGUGGCAUAAAGAUGGUGUAAUAAUCAUUAGUGCGACACGAACGUGUACGUGCGUGUGUGUGUGUGUGUGCAUUGAACGCGAAUAUAGAAACACGUACAUACAGAGACGUGUGCGCCCUUUGUAAUCAGUUUGCCGGCAUACGGGCCAUAGUCAACGCACAGAAGAAAAAAAAGCGGAAGAUAAGCGCCGAUCGUCCCUAGCGCCGUCUGACAAGCGCACACACACACCAUUAUCACCAUCCCUUACCGGCGUGGUCGUGUGUGUGGUCGUAGUUGUUGCACUGCUGCAGAACGAAUCUCCCUUGUGCUGUUGCGACACGGUAGUGUGCCGGGGCGGCGAUGGGUGCCCAGCAGGUGAAGGAACGGCCGACCGGAACUACCUCUACCCUCGGAGCCGGCAGCUCGAUCCGGUCCAGCCGUAACAAACCCCGUUCGUCCAAGGAUGCAAGGACGCUCGGUUCAAACAUCUUCACCGAACAUAGCGAGGCACUCCUUCAAUCACGCCCAUUACCACACAUACCACCACCGGGCAGUUUGCUGCCGACCGACCUGCUCGGCCAGAAUCAGGAUGGGUUGGAAAACCAUACCGGUACGAUGCACUCGCAGGGCAGUUCCAACACGGCCCAGUCUAGCUUCGAAACGGCACACCGCUGGACGUCGAAGGAGAACCUGUUGGCACCCGGACCGGAGGAGGACGAUCCACAGUUGUUUGUCGCGCUGUACGACUUUAAGGCGGGCGGCGAAAAUCAACUGAGCCUGCGGAAGGGUGAACAGGUGCGGAUACUGUCCUACAACAAGUCGGGCGAAUGGUGUGAAGCCCACUCCGAUUCCGGACAUGUCGGUUGGGUACCGUCGAACUAUGUGACCCCGUUAAACUCGCUGGAAAAACACUCCUGGUACCAUGGGCCCAUAUCGCGCAACGCGGCCGAGUAUUUGCUUAGCUCGGGCAUCAACGGUAGCUUUCUGGUGCGGGAAAGCGAAAGUUCGCCCGGGCAGCGUAGCAUCAGCUUGCGGUAUGAUGGGCGCGUCUACCACUACAGAAUAUCGGAAGACUCGGACGGCAAGGUGUACGUGACGGCCGAUGCUAAGUUUAACACGCUGGCGGAACUGGUACAUCAUCACAGUGCGCUACACGAAGGGCAUGGUUUAAUAACGCCACUGCUGUACCCGGCACCGAAACAGAACAAACCGACCGUAUUCCCGCUCAGUCCCGAACCGGACGAGUGGGAAAUUUGCCGGACGGAUAUCGUGAUGAAGCACAAGCUCGGUGGUGGACAGUACGGUGAAGUGUACGAGGCUGUGUGGAAGCGGUACGGUAACACGGUGGCCGUUAAAACGCUCAAGGAAGAUACGAUGGCGUUAAAAGAUUUCCUAGAAGAGGCUGCCAUCAUGAAGGAAAUGAAACAUCCAAAUUUGGUGCAACUGAUUGGUGUUUGUACGCGCGAACCACCAUUUUACAUCAUUACCGAAUUUAUGAGUCACGGAAAUUUGCUAGAUUUUCUACGGACCGCCGGUCGGGAAACGUUAGAUGCGGUAGCAUUAUUAUAUAUGGCCACCCAAAUCGCUUCGGGUAUGAGCUAUCUCGAAAGCCGCAACUUUAUCCAUCGUGAUUUGGCCGCACGCAACUGUCUGGUUGGCGAUAACAAUCUCGUCAAGGUGGCAGAUUUCGGGCUGGCCCGGUUGAUGCGGGACGAUACGUACACGGCACACGCCGGUGCUAAAUUUCCCAUCAAAUGGACCGCACCCGAGGGUUUGGCGUACAAUAAGUUCAGCACCAAAUCGGACGUAUGGGCGUUCGGUGUGCUGCUGUGGGAGAUAGCGACCUACGGCAUGUCACCGUACCCGGGCAUCGAUCUAACGGACGUUUUCCACAAACUGGAGUCGGGCUACCGGAUGGAGCGGCCGCCAGGAUGUCCACCGGAGGUGUACGAUUUGAUGCGGAAGUGCUGGCAGUGGAAUGCUCAAGAUCGUCCAACGUUCAAAAGCAUCCAUCACGAUCUGGAGCACAUGUUUCAGGAAUCGUCCAUUACCGAAGCGGUCGAGAAGCAGCUGCAAGGGGUCGGCGUAAUACCGAUGCAGCUAACACCGCAGAUGAGCAAGAAGCCACACAUGGGUAUGCAGCAGCAGCAGCAACAACAGCUACAGCAGCAACAGCAGCAGCAGCAAAUGUUACCUCCUCCGCCACAGCAAGCGCAACAGCAACAGCAGCAGGCACAACAUGAACCUGCAAUAACACCCAUUUCUGAUUCGGGUUCAGGUUCGAAGUUUAGCACGUUUGGAAACAAACAAACUGCUACCGCUGGCGUACAAAUGCGACGGACAACAAAUAAACGUGGCAAAACGGCACCAGCGCCACCAAAGAGGACAAGUUUGCUAUCAUCUAGCCGUGACUCAACGUACCGGGAUGAUGAUAACUGUAAGCUUGGCGAUGGCGAGCAAAACGCAAACGGUACAACUAUUCCCAUCACAAAAUCGUCUUCUUGCAGUAGUUUCCUUAUCGAUAAGCUUAGCGAUACGUUACGAGGCUUCACACGUGACAUGGCAAACCUAAUGAAUCGGGCCACAGAUUCCGAGAACGAGCAAACGGAGGUUACGCCCGACACCGAUACAGACAAUCCGGAACCGAUCGGUUUUCAGAAAACUCCCCAGCAAGGUUCAUUUAAACGCGCUCCUAUCAUGGGAAACCGUGGACUUGAGACACGGGGCAGCAAACGGUUGACUGGGCAGGCACGGCGUGAUCAACUACCACCCGGUGGGCAACCGUGUAUGCCGGUGAUGGGCCAACCACCGAUUGUCGGUGCACUGGAGGUGCAGAAUGUGAAGAAAGCCAUCAACCGAUACGGUACCUUGCCGAAGGAUGCUCGAAUAGGGGCGUACCUUGAAUCGUUACGCCAAAGUGAUGGAACUGUUAUUCAGCAAGCGCAACCACCGGUGCAGUUACCUCAGCAUCAACAGCAACAACAUGUCGGACCGUUGCCGGGGCCACAUCCGCUGGGGCUAAAUGCAAACAUGCCGCUGGUGUCGGAGCCACCGCCACCACCGAUGGCCGCAGCAAAUGCGAUCUCAAACAGUAUACUAGCGCAGCGUAAUGCAGCAGCAGCAAUCAAAGCACAACCACAGAUGAUACGAAGCAACUCCUCGAGUGGCGUCACCAUGUCCAACUCGGCUACAGCUAGUCUUUCCAAGCUUCAGCGCCAUCGUACGACAACCGAUGGUUCGAUGAUGACGUUUUCUUCCUUCCGCGGGUCGGUUGGAAACAAUAGCCCGAAACGUACCGUUCAGCCGACUUUAGCCGAUCUCGAAUUUCCACCACCACCGGUUGAUCUGCCACCACCGCCGGAGGAGUUUGACGUACCGCUCGAGCAACGGGGUGGUAUGUUGGAAAAGGGUAUUGCACCAUCGAACGAUGUGCGCAAUACGGAACCGAGCGUCGAAGAGGCGAGUUCACGAUUUGGUGUUAGUUUGCGCAAGCGAGAACCCUCCACGGAUUCGUGCAGCUCCCUCGGCAGUCCGGCGGAUGCGAUGAUCAAUCCUGUGGGCGAUACGGGACCGCUUUCUAUUCCACCACCACCGCCCGUUGGUUCGAAGGACCCGAAAGCCGAUACCAAGCGGGUAACAAAUGUGCCAAAGUGUUUACCGAGUGAAACUGCCGGUGGUAAGAAAGUGGUCAGUCUAGGUGGUGGGCUGCCACCGUCCACCAAUUCCGAUCCAGCAUCACAAUUAGUCAGUGAGCUGGCGGAAUCGAUGCAUUUACCAAAGGCACCAUCGCCGCUUACUACCGUGCAGGAACCGCAACAGCCAAUAUCGCACUACAAGUCGUCGGAUGUUAGUUCGCUUCGUAAACCGGUUUCUAUGUCGAAAUCAACUAUCCUACCAUCUACGAACGCACUGACUAGUGACGGUUACAGCGUUACCGCCCAUAACGUGUCGGGUAUGGCACAGCCACCAUUUAAGACGCAGCUGAAGAAGGUCGAUGCAGGGAAACGAACACCAACGCAGCCGGCCAAGAAGGAGGAAAGCUCGGGUGGUAUUAUUGAUUUUAAGUCGCGGUUACGUAAAGUAGAUCACAACAAUGCGGACGCAUCGAGCAAUGGUAGUGGCGGUGGUGAUAUCGUCGAACCUGCAUCGAAUCUGGACAAUAAUAACAAACAUCAAUCGGGCAACAGCCCGCACAGUAUUCACAAUAACAAUAACAUUAACGCCACCCUUUCCAGCAAUAGUAAUGGUAACAUUCUAAACAAUAAUGACAAUUCUGCAUCGUCCUCCUCGUCGGAGAAUGAAAAUCAUCGGUCACAGAAAAAGAGCGAAACGGCGUCGUUGAUGGUGGUACGCAAUGGUACUGGCUUGUCCGGUAAGAACAGUAUGGACCCGGGCAGUAAGUUGCUGCUGGAAAACAACGAGCUCAAUUCGUUGAAGUUGAAAAAAACGAAUGCCUCGUCGACGAUCGUAACCGGAUCGGCACCGAUCGAUAGCAAUAAGGUGAUCGAGUUGAAAAAGACUGAAAUUAAGAUUGAGCUGAGCGAUGAUCGUAAGCGCGAAAGUUUGGAAGGUAAUUCGCUGAAGGUGGACAGCGGUGGUGGCAGCGGUGAUAAUCUGUCUACCGGCAGCAGCGGUGCCGGUGGUGAGGAAGGUGACGGUAAGCGUAAAAGUACCGGCAGUAUCAGUAGCCUGAAAAAGCUCUGGGAAGCGAAAGAAUCUCCUAGUGAUCCAUUGAGUGCACAGCUGAGCCCCAAGCUGGGAACCAAAAGUGUGGCAAACAUGGUGCCGAAAAUGAAUAACAAUACGGAAGCGGAUGAUGGUCCGACCGGUGUUGGACACGAUACACCUCAACAGCAGGCAGAGCAUCAGCAGCAGCAACAGCAGCAGUCAAACGUCGGACCGGUUGGGUCUGCAUCAGCUGGCACGCUGGGCAGCAACAAAAAACCGGCAGUCCCGAUGAAACCAUCGAAGUUUUCUUCCAUCUAUGCGACACCGGUACAAAACAUGAUGCAAACGACAACGUCCACAGGGUCGAGCGGUGGUACUCCCGGUGCUAGCAGUAUCUACGCAAAAUCAAUCGAUAGCAGCAACGUUCAGCAAACGGACAAACCGUCUGUAUCGACGACAGGUGCAUCACCCGCGUCAGCAGGUGGACGAGAUAACAUCCUGGACUUGGUGCAAUCACUGCAGACCGGUUUAAAAAUGCCGGUGGCAAACAUUUCCGCCACACAGUGGCUAGCGCUGAGCGAUCGGCUUAACUCGCUACAGUCCUGUUGCGUUACGUUUGCCGACAACGAAAGCCUGCCACCGCACGCCAAAUUUCAUUUCCGAGAGCUAGUCACGCGGGUGGAAAAUCAGGCACGUUCGUUACGUUCCGCCAGUAACAAAAACGUUCAAGACAACGAAAAACUCGUCCAGGAGGUCGGCCAAUCGCUGAAGCAGAUAUCGAAUGCCUUGCACAGGUAAUUUCAAGUCAAGUUGGUUGAUUUCGAUGAGGAAUUCUAAUUAGGUGGGUUUUUGUUUUAAAUAAAUUUCUUUUGCUGAUUUUGGUUUUGAGCAUGCACUAUUCUUAGUGCCACAUCGAAGGUUACUGGAAUUUUUUGUUUUGUAGUUUUGCUGAAAUUGUGUGUCCAAUUUGUCUGUAACUGUUUUCGUUUAUUGCGCGUUUAGCAAGAACGUUACAAAAAACGAGCUUUGUGGGCAAUCAGUUUUGUUGAGUGUGUAUUGUCAAUUGUAAACUUCCGCGAGGAGAUUAUUAUUUUUUGUCAUUAAAAUUGACUUUAAUUGUAAUAUUAGAGUGUGCUAAUGCAACUUAAAUUACAACCCAGAUUGGCUUGCACAUUACAACACGCCAUUUUAAAGAUUAAAUCGCAAUAUAGUCCAUCAGAUUUUGGUUUAAAUUUGUUUCCAGUUUUGGCACACUCGGUUUCAUUAUGUACUGCAGCGGAGCGGUGUAAAGCCAAGGCGAGUGGUUUUAAAAUACACGGAGGUAUUAAACAUAAAAUAAGUCUAUGUAUACACACACACUAUUAUAAUACCUUAUGCAUUUGUGUAUUAUGUAUGAUUGAGUCAAAUACGUUGAAACCAACCAAAACUUUUGAAACAGAUAAAUAUCAUGCAGUUAACAGAUCGAAACAAAACAAGAAAAAAAAAUGAAUGGAAAAUUAAAUACCAUUACGAAAGCAGAUAUAUCCAUCCGAUGAGAAACAAUCCAACGAAAUGCAGUCACAAGGUUAAUGAAACGAAUGAUUCAAGAUGCAAAAUUAAUGCGAAAAGACGCAAACAGAAGGAGAAGCUAUUUAAAAAAACAAUACGUCUGGGAAGAAACAGAGCCACACCGAUAAUACAAUGAUGCUCAAUGAAUUUGCCAAAAGAAGAAAAAAGAAAGGUCGAGUAUAUUGGUUCACAAAUAGACACAUGCCUCAGCAAACAUACACCAGUUGUACUCAAAUCCCUCCCUGGUUUUCUAGCUUAGGGAAGCUUGACGUUGAACGAAGCCACAAUGAGUGUAAAUUUAUUUCUAUCCCUGUGGAUUGUGGUGUAAUUUCAAUUUAUUACGUUAAAAAAAAUCCAACAAUACUUUCGGAUGUAUUGAUUCGGUAGCGGAUGGUAAAUGCAGGGAUUUAUGUAUGUGUAUGGUUAACGAUAUUAGGCAACACCACUAAUUUUAAUUUUCCGGAUCGUUCGAUCGAGCAAACAUCAUCAGCUUUCGGGAGAGCAAGCGAGUUCGUAUGCAAAAGGUGUAAUGAAUUUUAAAAUGCAUUGUUAGUGAUAGUUUUAAAUCAGAUAUGAACACUCGUGACACACACUGAUUACAGCCUGGCUUGAAGACAGGUAUAAAAAAAACCGUAGAAGACUGUAAAACGUUUACGUUUCUAAGCAUAUGAAAACACCCAAGGCAAACCGGUAGAGUACUAAUCGAACGCUUUUACGCUGGUGGACCAUUUGAUAAUUAGCGUUGAAGAUGAUUCAUUUUCAACAAAUAAACACUGUUGCGACUGUGAAAAUGUAUGCUAGAAUUUAUAUGCCGAGCAGCAAAACCGCAUAUGCUUGGUACCAAAAAAUACCAAAAACUGAAAAUUAAUGGAAAGAAUGGAAGAGGAAGAGCCUGCUUCUCAUGCACGAAGUAUAAUUUAUGGUUAUAGUUUUUGUUUUUUAAAUGAAAAAACUCCCAAAACCUCAGAUGAGUUUUAUGCGUGAUUUUUUUCUAAAAUCAACCAUUUGCAAUAAACUAUUAAUCACAGCAGAUAUUUUAAUAUCCAACGUUAAGCCAAAGAGCUUAAGACUUUACUUUUUACAUCAAUUGUACAUCAAUUUGUACAAUUCCGAUAAUACGCGGUAGUUUGUGGGGAGGAACAAGAAAACAUAAUUAUGACUGCAUUUUUUUUUUAAAUAAAAUCGUAGAAGGGAAAUUAAUUUCUACCAUUAGUUGCCGCUUAACUUAUUUAAAUAGCGCUUGCAAAAUGGUUGGAAGCGUAUGGGGGAAAAGAUAGGAGAAUAAAACAUAGCUCUAGACGCUUUUUACUGUAUGAGGCAACGUGGCAAAAAACGUUUUGGGGGUGCAUUUGAGUUACGCAAUGCAUGCUUUCUUCCUUUCUUUACAAUGUCACGGUCACGAUUCGUGUAUCGUAAAGCUGUAUGUAUGUAUUAGGAAACGUAGAUGGUGAUGAAGUAUGAUGAUGAUGAUGCUGUCUAGUAAUGAUAUAAACGUCGCUCUCCUCGUGUGUGCGUUCACCGUACUACGGAUAUGAACACUGCAAAAUGCUAGUCGUAAAUGGUUAUAUUAUUAUCAUUAGAUUUUAACGCAUAUUCAUAAGUGUCAGGGGAAGUGUAAAGUGACGAACAGGGCGCGAAAUAGACACGUGGUCAAAGGGCGUGUCAAAGGGAUGCAUAACCAUACGAAUAUGGAUGGGAAUUUAUUUUAAUAUUUUAUUUGAAAUCGAAAAUCUCGUUAAACUUCCAUUUUAUUGUAGAAAGUAGCCUAGUAGGUUUUAUGUAUCAGUCGUCCACCAUCAUUAAACGCGCCGCAUUGGUCUAGUCGACUGCGGGGAACGCCACCGGUAGCCACGACAAGUGUGUAAUAUGCACCCUGCUCUAGUGUGUGUGUGUGUGCGCGCGUAGGGAUAACAGAACAGUUAGCGAGCAAACAGUUUCGAUUCGUUUAUUGCGAAGUGUAAGGUGAUAAAGAAACGGAAUGGUGAGCAUUCACAAGUCAUAACAGCCAUUCGCUAGUGAUUUACACGGUGUGUUAUAUUGUCCGGCAUUAAAAUAUUCAACGAUAUUUAAAAAAGAAACGGGCAUAUGGAGGGAUAUACCCGGCAAAUAAAAUAUGCAACAGCAAACUAAACACAAAACACAGAUUGUCCAACAAAAAUCGUACGCAAAAUCAUAAACCAAUAACAAUACAUGUAUUUUGGCUCAUUUACCUUUCGGUUUUGUGUAUGAGAACGGAGAAAGGAGCAAGGAAGAAUGUGUAGGCAUGGUGUCGAAAUCAAAACAAACAGCAGACAUACCUUCAUUUUGCAAUGUGCGAGUCCACACCAUAAUCAAAACAACAAAAUAAAUAAAUAAAAACGAGAAUAAAUUCAAAACUACUUUAGAAAUGUGGCCGCGUUUUGCGGCCAAUGAGGGAGUGAAAAGACAAGACGAACGAUAAGGCAAAUGAAAUGUACGAAAGCGCACGUGUGCAGGAAGUGUAUCAAAAACAAAACAAAAAAAAAGUAACAAUGUUGGGAGAAACCCCGUAAAAUACCAUUUAAACAAGCAAAAAAAAAAACUAUACAUAUACAUAAAAUAUAUUCUUAUAUUUUUAGAACGCGUGCAGCACACUCAAAAUGCAUGACCUAAAGGCAGAGG